UCUUUUUUUCAUGGAUGGAGAUAUGGAGAUUAAAGAAUCGAGCGACUAUGAGUCCUAUGUGGUCUUCAUUUCCAAAAAGAGAAGUAGAGUAUCACUGACUGCACCAUGUUAUGUUGACGUGGCACAUUUAAAUGGACCCAUGUAUAUAACAGGCCACAUUGCUUAGUCGGACAGUCAAACAGUAGUCAUUCUACAAAAUAUCAGUCUACUUACAAUCGCUGAGACAUAGAAGGCAUUUGCAGUUGAGUACAGUCGAGCUCUACAUAGAUGCAGUGUUAGGUUUUCCAAGGCCAGAAUGGGGUCUCUUGAAAAUGACAUCAAUCAAGAUUUUCAGGAUGCCAUUGAUGUAAUUCAGCGUCAUUCUCAGAUACGGAACUAUGACACGGAAAACAAAAACUAUGAGAAUUUGGAAAGUCAACAGUCUUCUGUGAGACAUGCCAUCUCAUACUAUCAGUUCACACCUCAUUUUGAGCCUCCAGGAUCAAUGUAUGACUGGAAUGAAUCCUCAUCAUGGUCUCACAUUGUGCCAGAUGUGUCUCUGGGGCCAUUGUGUUCUGCUGAGCCUUCGGUAUUUUACUCAAAUUUACCACAGCGCCACGGAAAAGGUCGUAAGAAGUUACGGUUAUAUGAAUAUCUGCACGAGGCCCUUCACGACGACAACAUGGGCGACUCCAUCCAGUGGACGGACCGAGGUAGCGGCAUCUUCCAUUUCAUCUCGAAAAAUAAAGAGAAACUGGCCGAGUGCUGGGGUCAAAGAAAGGGCAACCGCAAGACCAUGACCUACCAGAAAAUGGCACGCGCUCUCCGCAACUACAGCCGCACGGGCGAGAUUGUGAAGGUGCGUCGCAAGCUCACCUAUCAGUUUAAUCCAGCUAUACUGCAGCGACUGAGCUCACUGUCAGGCUACAGCUCAGGCCCUUCGUCCAGAGACAUGGCCCUUCAUCAACAAGGCUCUUCUGAGCAUGUGUACUACAGCUCUCCUCUCCCAGACUGUCAUUACUGGUACGGCCAAUACUCUUACCAGGGCGAGUAUGAUCUUGCUACUGUACUGACAGUGCAUGAGGAUCCCAAAAUAGGCGUUUGAUUCUCAAAAUAGCCAAUUCCUAAAUUCCAUAAAUUUUACCCUCUCCCUGUCUUUUACAAGAUUGGAGAUGCUUUGAAAUAAACCUUGACAUGGUAAAAUGUGUAGAACAAUAAAGCUGUUUUUCUUACAGUGCAUUAGAAAUUAGUAAAUGUAGGAUGUUAACAUACCGUUGAAAAGUUUAGAGUCAGUAAGGAUUUUUUUGAAGGAAAUUAAUACUUUUAUUCAGCAAGGAUGCAUUAAAUUGAUUAAAGGUGACAUUAAAGACAAUUAUAAUGUUACAAAAAGUUUCUAUUUCAAAUAAAUGCUGCUCCUUUGAACUUUUUAUUCAUUAGAAUCCUGAAAAAAGGUAUCGCCGUUUCCUCAAAAAUAUAAAGCAGCACAACUGCUUUCAACAUUCAUAAUAAUAAUAAAAUGAGCACCAAAUCAGCAUAUUAGACAGAUUUCUAAAAGGAUCAUGUGACACUGCAAACUGGCUGUUGAAAAUACAGCUUUGCAAUACAUUCGAAUAGAAAACCCUUAUUUUAAAUGGAAAUAUUUCACAAUAUUACUGUUUUUACUCUAUUUUUAAUUUAAAAAUGCAGCCUUGGUGAUGAGAUUUCUUUCAAAAAUGUUAAAAAAUCUUACUGACCCCAAACUUUUGAACAAUAGUGUAUAUGUAGAGUGGCCCUAAAAAGUAUUUGGACACUUAAGAGACACUCAAAAUGUAUGUACAUGUAUUUGCAUUAUGUAAAUAUAAUAUCAAACCAAAUAACACAACCAAGAACGACAGCUCAAGCACACAUUUCAAGAAAAACAUUUCACAAAAAGGUUUCAAAUUCUUAAAUAGAAGGAAAAAUGUGCAUAAUUAGGACACCUGUGUGAACUUGAGGACAACUGACUUCAUAAAUCCAUAAAAAAAUCACCUUAGGAGAAGUUGGUUAAAAGUAACUGCAAAAAUGGUUCAGAAAGAUAUUUUGAUAUUUUGUAUACAAUAAAAUAACAUUGUGUCCACAUACUUUUGGGAACCACUGUUUAUCUACUGUUAUACUUCUAUAAAAGUAUAUCUUCAUAUUUAUAUCUGCUUUUUUCAACUUGUUUACAUAAGAUCAUUUGUUUUUGUGUUCAAAUAAAGUUUCCUGUCUUGAAAAUCCCAAUUAAUUUGUUUGUUGUAAAAGAUGUACACUUGAAGCCCGCUGUAUAAACGUCUGCGCUGAUUUCUUUGCAAAUGCGUUGGGCCAAGCUUAUCUAAUUUCACAGAGAGAAGAUUGUUUGUGCCUGCUUUGUGUGUCAUAUUACAAACUGAUUUUAAAUCACCUUCCUCUUUGUAAGAUAGCAAUCAAACACUAAUGUAGUGCUGCUGUAUAAUUUUCAUAAAGAACAAUAAACA